GCGACAUCGGCCCCUCAACACUCGCCGCUCGUUGGCCUUGGCUCUAAGCCCUGCGUCUCUGCGAUGCAGCUCUCCUGCGGCUGUAUUUGCCGCAAAACUCAGUACAACUGCUCAUUUCGAAGCUGCCGUGAAACGAUCGAGAUCGAAAACUACGGUCAAGCUCUCCGAUUUGCCUCAAGGGAAGAUCCCGGCGAAGCCUCUCCCCACGGAAGAAGAGCAAAAUGAACCGGCCUGGCCUCCCGUCCUAUCCCAAGCGCGCCGGAAUAUGGACAAAUUUGAGAAAUGCAUCCUCCUCACAAGAGUGGGCGGGUUCUACGAGCUCUAUUUCGAGCAUGCCGAGGAAUAUGCACCACUGCUAAAUCUAAAGCUGACUUCCAAGAAAACAAACCCUGGGCCUGUGCCGAUGGCAGGGUUUCCUGUAUUCCAGCUGGACCGAUAUCUCAAGAUUUUGGUGCAAGAUUUGAACAGCCAUGUCGCCGUGGCUGAAGAGUUCCCCAACCAACCCUCAGAAAAAGUCAAGUCGGGCGGCCUCAUGCAUGAUCGUCGAGUGACACGCAUCAUCACUCCAGGAACUCUCAUCGAUGAGAAUUUCAUCGACCCUUACGCCAAUAACUACAUCAUGGCAAUUCACAUCUCUCAAGAUGCCCCUUCUGACUCUUUGCAGUUGGACUCUUCUCCACCCAACGAACACUUACAUGUUCCAAGUGUGAAUGAUUCGCCAAUUGGCCUGGCAUGGCUGGAUCUCUCUACGGGGCAGUUUUAUACCCAAUCUACGACUCUCUCAUCUCUCUCAUCCAUCUUAUCUCGCAUAGCUCCGCGAGAAGUUGUCCUUGAACAAACAUUUGAACUUCGAAAAGAUCAUGACAUUUUCUCGAUAUUAACAGAUGAUCGACAUCUCGUCACAUUUUCGCCACACGAGAGUCUAACAAACCUCGAUGACUGGUCUCCCCUUCUAGAAUCACAAAUAUCCGAAUUUUCAAGAAAAGAUUUCACAGAUAAUGAGGUUGUUGCGGGAGGACUAGUACUAAACUAUGUGAAGAACCGACUUCAGGGGACAAGCAUGAAGCUUCAGCCGCCUAUGCGCUUCGAAAACACGCAGACCAUGACCAUCGAUAAAAAUACCCUGAGAGCGCUGGAAAUUAAGCAGACCAUUCGCGAUGGCUUCUUCCGCGGCAGUCUCCUUCAUGCGAUACGCCGCACAGUUACCAAGAGUGGCGCUAGACUUCUCAACGAAUGGCUUGGUUCUCCAUCUACCUCUCUAGACGUAAUUGAAGCGCGGCAAGAUGUUGUUGCUCGUUUCAUUGAAUCUGCAGAUCUCAAUGAUUCCAUGGUCAUUAUGCUGCGACGGAGCUACGAUUGCCAGAGACUUGCUCAGAAAUUUGCUUUGGGGAGGGGUGAUCCGGAUGAUUUGCUUGGAAUAGCUAACACGAUAUAUGCUGCCGAAGAAGUCGUGCGUUUACUUAAAGAGGCAUCAGGAGGGCAGCAAAGUCCAUCUUCACCAGGACCGGAUUGCCUUGCAUCCUUGGCAUCUCGUAUUCAUCUUGGGGAGCCCCUUGAACUCGCGGAUAGAAUUAAAGAGUCUAUAGAUGAGGAAGGAAUAGCCCAGCAGCAGGCUGUCGAAGAAUCUGAAGCCGAAGCGAUGAUGGCCCUAGCCCAAGAUGUUGUUUCCCCGGAAGGCUCCAGUGAAGACGCAAGUCUCGUGACAAAAGCAAAGAGAAAGAAAACAAGCAGUCUGAAAGAGCUAUACGGCGAAGAUAAUGAGCCUUGGGUUAUGAAACCAGCUGCAAGCAAGGAACUCCAGAACCUUCACAAUGACCUCACAUCACUUGUGAAGGAGAAAGGUGCUCUUGCUGAGGAGCUUCGAGUGCGCCUGGAAGCACCCAGUCUGGCGCUUAAAUGGACAUCGAGCUCAGGACAUAUAGUCCACCUCAAGACGAAAGAGACCAAAAAAUUAACCACAGUAAAGACCGUAUCUUCGACUCGCAGUACAAGCUCGUUCCAUAUUCCUGAGUGGACCGCUCUUGGCCAACAGAUUGAUCAAGCAAAAUUUCGAAUUCGCCGCGAGGAACAGCGAGUGUUCCAGGCCCUUCGUGAACACGUUGUUAAGAAUCUGGUCAAGCUGCGGCGCAUUUCGUCUGUGCUGGACGAGAUCGACAUUGCGACAUCAUUUGCAAAACUCGCCGUCGAGCAGAACCUUGUCCGCCCUAAGUUGAACAAUUCUAAAACCCAUGUUAUCAAGGGUGGUCGCCAUCCUACGGUGGAAGGAGGGCUGCUGGAACAGGGGCGCCGGUUUGUUCGCAAUGACUGUGUGAUUGGGUCGCCGCCAGAUGGCUCCCUUUGGCUCAUUACUGGACCGAACAUGGCCGGAAAGAGCACGUUUCUUCGACAGAAUGCCUUGAUUACGAUAAUGGCGCAAAUAGGGUGCUACGUGCCCGCUACCUAUGCUGAAAUCGGCAUUGUUGAUGCCAUUUUCAGUCGUGUAGGUUCGGCCGACAGCCUAUAUCAUGAUCAGAGCACUUUCAUGGUAGAGAUGCUUGAGACAGCCCAGAUACUACGGCAGGCUACCCCUAAAUCGUUUGUCAUCAUGGAUGAAAUAGGUCGAGGCACUACACCAGAGGAUGGCACGGCAAUAUCGUUUGCUUGCCUACACCAUCUUGUGACAGUUAACCAAUGCCGAACCCUCUUCGCAACACACUUCCACGACGUGGCUGAUAUGGCGGCCGCUGAGGGAUUCUGCAAUCCACAGACUGGACCCGUCCAGGCGUACUGUACUGAUGUACAGGAGGAUAACGAGGGAGGCUUCGUCUACAUUCACAAAUUACGACGAGGUAUUAAUCGCCGAAGCCAUGCUCUGAAGGUGGCACGGUUGGCAGGAUUGCCGCAACAUGCAAUCAAUAUUGCCAAAAGGGUGUUGGAUAAUACUACAGAGGCGAUAGAUAACCGCCAGUCACUUGCUGGAUAAGCACUGGAUCAAAUCACAUGUACCAUAGAAAUUCUGCGCACAAAUGUCCUGUAUAUCUUUCGUAUGUUAGCCAUUGUGAUCUUUACUAAAGAGCAGC